CCAGCAGUUACUCUCUCUCCUCAGUGAAGACAACACUGGCUCUUCCUCCAGUCACCUUGAUAACUGGGAGAGCACGAGGGUGAAACACUAAGUAACUCGCAAAUUAUGAACUAACAAGGUGGAUUAGACUAAUUAAUGAACAUCAUUUUAAUCAAGGGUGGGACCAGGGAAGGUAACUUUGGUCAAAGCUGAGAGUAAGGAAGGUAGGCAGGCAGCACUCACACACACACACACAAACAUUGCCUCUCAGAGUGACACAGAGAUAGCAGAAAGAGCAGACUGACUUGUCAGUCUCGUGGCGACAGGUCAUUGGCGAGGGAGAGGACAGAGACGGAGGAAGUGACUGACAGGGCAGUGUGUGGAGCAGUGGCAGACAGAACCACUGUCUUGAAGCUGCGACACACAGUAGUAGUGUGGGAAGCAGCUACCAACAGUGGCAGUGUCUGGAACAAUGACUGACAGAGGCAGUGUCUAGAGCAGUGACUAAUAGAAGCAGUGUCUGGAGCAGUGACUAAUAGAAGCAGUGUCUUGAGCAGUGACUGACAGAGGCAGUGUCUGAAACAGUAAGGGGACAGAAGCAGUGACGGGGACAGCAGUGAUCGCAGGUGUGGCAGUGAGAGGUGUGCAGUGCUUCAGAGAAGAGCUCCUCUCUACACCAUGGUGAGGGAGGAAGCACAGCAGCAGGAGGAGCAGCGAGGAGGCUGGAACCUCGGCAGGAUAGGCGUGUUGGCAGUUGUUAUAGGCGUGGUGGCGUGGCUGUGGCAGGCGUGGUUCGGCUCAUCAGUGGGUGUGGUACAUAAGGCUGACCCUAUAUAUGACUUUAUCAUCGUGGGCGGCGGCACUGCAGGCAGUGUAAUAGCUGCAAGACUGAGUGAAGAGCCAGAGUACAAGAUCCUCCUGAUAGAGGCCGGGGGAGAGGAACCCUGGCUCUCUAAAAUCCCUCUAGCUUCUCCGCUCUUGCAGAAGUCUCGCUUCGACUGGCAGUACCUGUCAGUGCCUCAAGAGCUGUCCUCCCAGGGUCUUAUAAACAAGCAAUCAUCAUGGCCCCGGGGCCGCAUGCUGGGUGGGACGGGUUCCAUCAACUUCAACAUCCACAUGUUCGGCUCACCUCAGGACUUCCAGGUGUGGGAGCAGGAGUACGGAGCUGAGGGAUGGGACUUCCAGCAAAUGAAGAAAUACGCCAACAAGGCUGAGUGUCGCAGACUUAGGCCUAAGAUCUUCAAGGAGCAAUGCAGCAACGAGCAAGUUGAGAAGGGGCGGAAAGGCUGCAACAGCAGCAACAAGGAGGAGAGUAAGACAGGUUCAACACACGUAAGACAGCAUCAAGACGCUGUUCAGUGCUACCAUCCAGCACUACGCGUUCACACCUCGGACUCCAUCCUCUCAGACACCUUCCUAGAUGCUGGGAGGGAGUUAGGCCUGCCAGUGGGUAACCUCAAUGACGAUAUAGACCACGGAGUGAUGGCAGCAGAGACCAUGGUCUACAAGGGCCAGCGGUGGAGCACAGCCGCGGGCUACCUCAGACCAGCCCUGGGAAGACCAAACCUCCACGUCCUCCUCCACUCCCACGUCAAUAAAAUUUUGUGGGAGGGGAAACGUGCUGUUGGAGUGGAGUUCACACACUGGGACAACCCUCACAUCAACAAGUCAGUGUACGCCAGAGGAGAGGUGAUCCUCUCAGCUGGGGCGGUCAACACGCCUCACAUACUCAUGCACUCAGUGGGACCCAGCACUCUUCUCCACAAAUUUAAUAUUCCAGUAGUGUCUGUACUGGAGGGUGUAGGUGGCAACCUGCAGGACCACCUCUGCAUGCCCGUGUAUGUGUCCCUGGAGGAGGAUGUCUCGCUCAACCCCGUCAAGCUGCGCACUGUAUCUAAUAUUUGGAACUAUUUCGUCAAUGGUGGCAAAGGUGACCUGGGUCGUGCAGCCAUCGAAGGGAUUGGUGUGAUGCGCUUGGCCCAUCAACAACCCGAGGUGGGUCUCAUCCUCUUCAAUAUGGGAGCUGUGGACAAACAUCUCUACGCGAGCGUUGAAAAUAUGGAACUGGACUAUUUUGAAACCUUAUGCACCAACAUGGACAACCAGAGUGCUGCCGGCUUUAUGUUCAUGGCGUCGUGUUUACAUCCAAAAAGCCGGGGCCGGAUAGACAUAGUCUCCAGUGACCCUCGCCACCCACCCUCCAUUAACCCAGACUACCUGCGUCAUCCUUAUGAUAUGACCUGCAUGAGAGAUGCCUACAAGUUUGCGGUGCGCAUGGUGCGUACGAAUGCGUUCCAGAGCCUGGGUGCGUCCGUGCACUUACCACGCUUCCCGGAGUGUUUGGUGCGCACUAGUCAAGGUGGAGGAGUGGACGAUGCAAGAGCGUUGUACCAAGAAUAUGUUUCCUGUAUCAUUCGUGUGGCGGCCAUUAGUGGACACCAUCCAUUAGGGACAGCUCGUAUCGGACGCAGAGGCGACCCUCUGGCAGUGGUCGACCCUCAACUCAAAGUGAUAGGCACAGAGCGUGUGAGGGUGGUGGAUGCUUCAGUCAUGCCGACACAAAUCUCAGGAGUACCCAACUCUGCCAUCACUGUUAUAGCAGAGAAAGCCUCAGAUCUUAUCAAAGAAACUUGGAGUGACAAAUCUAAACUGGCGAGCGAGAAGAUUUGUUCCACUUCAGCAGACUGUGAGGAGAAGCUCCUCUUACUGAUGACAAGUUCAGCAAUAUCUGUCUCUCACAUCUCACCACUCAUCAUUGCUGUCUCAGCCCUCUGGGCUACAUCUGUCUAUCCCCAUACACCGCCCUUAUCUCUACCUCUCGUCAUGUUCAUCCAUUAUCCUGGAGUAAUGCCAAGACCAUGAGGGAAAAGUUAGUUCAAAUUCCUUGGAUGAGACCAGCAUCAAGGGACCUCUACUGAAGGAACAACAUUCAUACACAUUCUUCAGUGAAGGCACUCUACUUCCCACCUCCAGGAUUUAAGCCAUGAAUAAAUUAUUUUCACAACAAAUAAAACACCCAUCCUGUAAUUCAAUGAACAAAACAAACAACUUCAUUUCUAUAAAGUGGAGUAAAAUGUACAAUUGACAUUAGAGUAAGUUACACCUGUAUGAACUAUAUAGGAGCCCCUGGUUAUGAAGAGCAUGUCAGGUAGCCUUAAAAUUAAUUUAUAAUUACUACUAGACAAUGAGAUAAAUAUAGUAUAGCAGGUUAUUAGAAUGUUAAGAGCUUGCCAUGUUAGACAUAUAUCCCAGGGUAAACCAGUCACUAGGAAAAAGGGUGCUACAGGAUAAUCAUUAUGAUGGAUAACAUGGAAAAUUUAUUAUUAUAAUCAAAAAGAAGCGCUAAGCCACUUAUAACAUGGAAAAGGUACCAAAAGAUAAUCAUUAUGAUGGGUAACAUGGGAAGGGUGCCACAAGAUGAUCAGAAUGAUGGGUAUUAUUAUAAUCAUAACUAAAUGUUAAACCUAUAAGGGUCCUACAGCAGAAUGAUGGGUAAUGUGGGUAUUUGAGAUACACAAGGCACCAAUAUCACUUUAUAGUGCUUUGUUUUACAGCAUUUUGCUAAUGCAGUAGUUUUCAAUUAUACCCAUUCAUUUAUUCAGAUUUCCUACAAUAAAUGUAUAUUCACUCACUUUAAGCUAAGGAUGAAAAUAUUUUAAGGUAAGUAAUGUUUACCUGGAGAGAGUUCCGGGGGUCAACGCCCCCGCAGCCCAGUCUGUGACCAGGCCUCCUGGUGGAUCAGAGCCUGAUCAACCAGGCUGUUACUGCUGGCAUAUAUAUAUUUUAGGCCUAGCUCUAUUUCUCACUUGAUAUAUAGUAGUGUAAAUAUGUUAUCAGGCUUUUUAUAUGCAUUUGAAAGUGAAAAAUGGCUAUGUUUCCCUCUACAGUAGCAGCCCAGAACCUAACCUAUAAGCAGGGCCCUCCUCUAUUAUUACAUUCAUGAAGCACCAAACCCUUUAGGAUCAUAAAGUGCCAUGGGGACUGGGAGGUGAUCAAGUUUGACCCUACAAAGGAGGGGUCAUGUCCAAUUCCUUAGACCAAGAACCCCUUACUAAUGACGAGGAACCUCCUUUGCAGGGGUGGAGGGGAACAUUAUCAUCAGAGAUCAUAUGGUAUUGUUUCUCUUGUAGAUAGUGAGCCCUGCAAUCCCACUUAAGACAGGAUAUUGACAGCAACACAAGAAGUGAUCCCCCUGCACAAUAAAGGUAGCCCGAUGGAAAGCACUGAAAGGGUUACUGUCAACUGUAGAGAUGGAGAUAGGACACUGACCUAGUGGCCAAAUUGUCAGCAGUGCUGGCACUGUUGCAGUUUGUUGCAACUCCAUAACAGCUAGCCAUCAAUGCGAGGGAGUGACAGUUAAGCAUGUUUUUGGUCAUAUUUUUCUACUAAGUUUUUUAAUUUAGCAAAAUUGGAUACAUCAACAUUGUGCUGAUACCCUAUUAAGAUAGCUUUUGUUCCCAUUGUGUAAUUAUGUGUUCCUGUCAUAUUCCAUUCAGUAGAAUGGGGGCUGAAAUCUGUCAGCCUGAGUUGGGAAGCUUCAGUAGGGGAAUUAGAAUAUCAGAUUAUUAUUAUAAUCAUGGAGGAGUGCUAAACCCAUAGGAUUAUACAGAUUAGAAUAUCAAGUUACGGGUUCACCAGCUACAACAGCUUCAAAGGUUUUGUUUCAGUACAAUUUGAGUUACUGUCACCUGGGAAUUGCCAUUUCUCAGAAUACACUCAGAUAGUGGCAGCAGUCAUGAGGAGGGUUGGGCAAUGGUCUCUCCUCUUUGAAAUAACUAGUCCUUGAAGCUUGAGUUACCUGCUAAUACCUCCUGCACACUCCUCAAAGAACUGUGAGAAAAACCGUCCAAGAAAAGAUAAUCAUCAAGCAACAUGAAUGCAUUUGCCCAUGGUGAUUGACAAUGAUGGAAAGUACCAGCUACUGAAUGCAGUGAAAAAGAGCAUCAUCUCAUAAAUAAUUACAUUACUUCACAAUGUCUAAGGGCAAUGUGUGGUGUAAAUAUUAUGCAGAAAAUUCGGAGUGUGGAGUUAAUAAAAGUAUUAGUCAGAGGACUGAAGAGGGGUUGUUGAGGUGGUUUGGUCAUUUAGAGAGAAUGGAUCAAAGUAGAAUGACAUGGCAAGCAUUUAAAUCUGUAGGAGAAGAAAGGCGGGGUAGUGGUCGUCCUCGAAAAGGUUGGAAGGAAGGGCUAAGGGAGGUUUUGUGGGCGAGGGGCUUGGACUUCCAGCAGGCGUGCAUGAGCGUGUUCGAUAGGAGUGAAUGGAGAAGAAUGGUAUUUGGGACUUGACGAUCUGUUGGAGUGUGAGCAGGGUAAUAUUUAGUGACGGGAUUCAGGGAAACCGGUUAUUUUCAUAUAGUCGGACUUGAGUCCUGGAAAUGGGAAGUACAAUGUCUGCAUUUUAAAGAAGGGGUUUUGGGAUAUUAGCAGUUUGGAGGGAUAUGUUGUGUAUCUUUAUGUUUUUUUUUUUUUUUUUCAACAAGUCGGCCGUCUCCCACCGAGGCAGGGUGACCCAAAAAAGAAAGAAAAUCCCCAAAAAGAAAAUACUUUCAUCAUCAUUCAACACUUUCACCACACUCACACAUUAUGACUGUUUUUGCAGAGGUGCUCAGAAUACAACAGUUUAGAAGCAUAUACGUAUAGAGAUACACAACAUAUCCCUCCAAACUGCCAAUAUCCCAAACUCCUCCUUAUAUGCCUAUAUGUAUAUGCUUCUAAACUGUUGUGUUCUGAGCACCUCUGCAAAAACAGUGAUUAUGUGUGAGUGAGGUGAAAGUGUUGAAUGAUGAUGAAAGUAUUUUCUAUUUGGGGGUUUUCUUUCUCUUUGGGUCACCCUGCCUCGGUGGGAGACGGCCGACUUGUUAAAAAAAAAAAAAAAAAAAAAAAAAAUCACAAUGUAAAUCUGGUUGUGCAAUUUAUAGGAAACAAUCCUGUGGCUAACUAAUACGUGUUUUAGAAAGUAUUACUCACUCCUCUCUAAUGGUUAUAAUCAUAACUAUAAUUUUUACAAUGGGUAGUUCAUGAUAGGUGCAGUAAUUCAAGAUAGGUGUAAUGGUCAUGAUAGGUAGAGAUCAUGACAGGUAUUGUAGGACAUGAUACAAAGUAGAGUAGGACAUGAUAGAAGGUAGAGUAGGACAUGACAGAAGGUAGAGUAGGACAUGAUAGAAGGUAGAGUAGGUCAUGAUAGAAGGUAGAGUAGGUCAUGAUAGAAGGUAGAGUAGGUCAUGAUAGAAGGUAGAGUGGGUCAUGACAGAAGGUAGCAUAGGUCAUCAAAGGUAAAGUAGGUUGUGACAGAAGGUAGAAUAGGUCGUGACAGAAGGUAGAGCAAGUUGUGAUAGAAGGUAGAGUAUGACAUGAUAGAAGGUAGAGCAGGACAUGAUAGGAAUAAAUCCAGUGUGUGUGUGUGUGUGUGUGUGUGUUUGUGUUUGUUUUUUACCUAUUUGUGGUUGCAAGGGUUGAGACUCGGCUCCUGGCCCUGCCUCUUCACUGAUCACUACUAGGUCCUCUCUCUCCCUGCUCCAUGAGCUUUAUCAUACCUCAUCUUAAAGCUAUGUAUGGUUCUUGCCUCCACUGCAUCACUUGCCUGAUUAUUCCAGUUCCUAACAACUCUAUGACUGAAGAAAUACUUUCUAACAUCCCUCUGACUCAUCUGAGUCUUCAACUUCCAAUUGUGGCUGUUUGUUUCUGUGUCCCAUCUCUGGAACAUCCUGUCUCUGUCCACCUUAUCUAUUCCUCGCAGUAUUUUGUAUGUUGCUAUCAAGUCUCCCCUAACCUUCCUGUCCUCCAGUGUCGUCAGGACGAUUUCCCUUAACCUAUCUUUGUAGGACAUUCCCUUUAGCUCUGGAACUAGCCUUGUUGCAAACCUUUGCACUUUCUCUAAUUUCUUGAUGUGCUUGACCAGGUGUGGGUUCCAUACUGGUGCUUCAUACUCCAGUGUCGGCCUGACGUACACAGUGUACAGUGUCUUGAAUGAUUCCUUACUGAAGUAUUGGAAUGCUAUUAUUAGAUUUGCCAGGCGACCAUAUGGUGCAGCAGUCACCCGGUUGAUGUGUGCUUUCAGAGACGUCCUCGGUAUUAUACUCACCCAAAGAUCUUUCUCCUUGGGUAAGGUUUGCAGUCUUUGGCCACCUAGCCUAUACUCUUGUCUGCAGUUUUCUUUGCCCUUCCCCGAUCUUCAUGACUUUGCAUAUGGUGGGGUUAAAUUCGAGGAGCCAGUUGCUGGACCACACAUCCUGCCUGAUCCUCAUCUGAUUUAAUUCUCGUCAAUAACUUUACAUCAUCUGCGAACAGGGACACUUCUGAGUCUAUCCAUGUGUGCGUGUAUGUGUGUGUGUGCACGUGUGUGUUUUGGUACAUAUAUCCAAGCUGGUGGAUGCAAAAAUAAAAGAACAUUUUCUGAGUUUCACUGACAAUUUUAGAUGCCAUAUAGUGGAACCCCAGAUUUUGCACACACUGGAUAUUGGGCUUUUCGGAUUUCAGACAUUGUCCCGGGAAUCGCACAUAUUAGACGCGUCCACCUGCCGGGACGCCACUUCAGUCUAGCUCUGUCACUGGCUGAGUGAGCAUUGAUCCGAAACAUUUCGCAACUUUUGUGCUCAUUUAUUGAUUGUGACUGCGAAAUAAGCCACCACGGGCCCAAAGAAAGUUCCUAGUACCAGCCCUUUGGUAAAGAAAUUGAGAAACAGUAUAGGAUUAAAGAAACUGUAGAAAACUCCUCGCCUUCAAUACACCAGCAAGAGUCUUCAAUAAAGGUAUGUAAUGUUUAUAUUUAUUUAUAUUUAUUUAUCAUUGUUUUCUGUAUGUAAAACUAUAGUUAUUCUUUAAAAAUGAAUUUUUUGUGAAUAUUUGAGUGUCUAGAAUGGAUUAAUUGUAUUUACAUUAUUUUUUAUGGGAAAUAUUACUUCGGUUUUCGAGCUUUUCGGAUUUAGAACGAC